ACCAAGUUUCAUUUUCAGUCGAACUGCCUUUGAGAAAGCAACAAGUUGCUCCGUGCGGGUCAGCAUUUGUUUUAAUUAUUUCUUUCCAAUCGAGACUCGCGGCGUUCUUUUGUAUACUUUUUUUUUUCUUUUUCUUAUUGUUUUUCUAAAAUAUUUCUGUGGAUGACGAAGAGCAGCAUUAAUAUGUCUGUGCUUUAGUGCGGCCCCUUUAAAAACGAUCGCUGCCAAAAAGAAGGAGGGUGGUAGUGCGGAUUUUUAUUGCACCUAAUCUAUUGCCAAUCGAAAACGAAAUUGUUUUACAAGUAAAAAAGAAAACAAGAAAGGAAAGUGAAAAAGUAGUGAAGCAGAUCCCAGCAAAUAAAACACCAUGAAAUCGGAAUUGUUAACUCUGACCCUGCUCGGUAUUAUAAUUUCGAAUUUGGAUUUGCAAGUGUUAGCCCAUCCGGAGCGCUACAAUCGGCUUCCCUUCCGCGGACAUUCGCAGGUCGGUGGGGGGCAGGACCCCGCCCACCGGGAGAACCGAGAUGACCUCUGCACCCAGUGCUUCUGUUCGCACAUCAAGGCCAUCUGUGACUUCCAGCAAAAUAAGACGCUGUCGAGCGUUUUUAACAAUAAAUACGCGGUGCCGCUAAACAUCAAGUACAUAGAGGUGCGACUGACGGCCGGCACCCAGUUCGUCCUGCAUGAGAACCUGUUCCAGGACAACCAGGUCAACUACUUCGGCGUGAUCGGAGUGAAGGAUAACGAUCAGGUGGAGAUGACCAGCAAUGCCUUUUUCCACAACAAAGGCGGCUAUCCGAGCAUCGAGAUUAGCAAGGUGUCGUCGGUGUUUCUCCAAGAUAAAUUCCUGCCAGGUGCGGAAUUCAAGCUGCUGGUGGAUGACGUCGAUAAGCUGGUGGUGUUCCCCAAUGCCUUCCAAAUGACCAAUUUGGACUGCACCCUCAGAAGGAUCAGGCAUCUGGAGCUGAUGAAGAACGCCUUUAAUCCCGGCGGUGCCACGUAUGGGAUAAAUCUUCGCGUGGAGAAUUCUACAAUCGAUCAGCUGGGCAUCUUUGGCGUGUCCAUGAGCAAGGUGAGCCUAGUGGGCUGCCACAUCGGCAGGAUCAUGAGCAACGCCUUCGAUGUGACCAGCAUUAAGGAGCUGUUCAUCGAUGAUUGCGACAUUGCGGUUAUCGAGUCCCAGGCGCUGACCAACAAGCUGCACAGUGAUAAGGUGGCCAUUCUGAGCACGGUUAUCGGUACAAUUGAGGGCCAGGCGAUCAGCCAAAGCGGCAUUACCACCAUGAUUAUGUCAGGGAACACAAUCAACAAGAUCUGUUCGAAUGGCAUUCAAAUAGUGGCCGUGAACCUCUUCAUUCGCAACAACACAAUGCGCCACUUGGAGCCCAAUUGGCUGAGUGUCGGCCAGGCCGAUCAAGUGGCCAUCGAGGACAAUAGCUUCGAUAACUAUGGCCGCUGUGAGCUGAACAUUGGCUCCUCGAACUGCAGUUUUCGCAACAAUAAACUGCAACAUCCGCAGGCGGGCAGCCUGAAUUUCACGUGCCGCGUUCACCAGGUGCGCGUGGGUCGCGAGUGCACCUGCGACAAGUCCUGGCUAUCGGCUCUGACCGAUCACGAUCUGGAGUCGGAGGUGAUGUGCCAGGUGGCGGAACGGCAUGGUGGAUGCUUCAAUGCCACUAGCACAGAUCUGCGGCGAUUUGUGAAUGAGGCAUGCGGUGGAAAUGCGACGAUGCGCGAGUGCAUCGCUGGUCAGUGGCAUGCAAAGUCGGCCAGCGAUCAGUUGAGCGGCACCAGCAAAUACCACAUCACCUGGAUAGCCUGUCUGAUUGCGGGCGUUACCCUGGCGAUUGUCCUGGUUGUGGGCGUGGUCUUCAGAUGCUGGCACUCCAGUGGUGGUGGACGAAAUAGCAACGACAUUUGCCUGAUUGCCGAGGACAUUCGCGAACAGUUGCAGCAGAGGGCCAGUGUGCUGAAGGUUGGCGAUGGCACACGGAACUCCAUCAUGAAACUUAUAAAUGGGCAGUUCAGCAAGGAGGUCUGUCAUACGAGGAUCAUGUCAUUCCUGGGGGACCUGAAGCACAAAUCGCCGGAGAUUGAGGCACUGCUGUUCCAGCACAUUGCCCAGUGUCACAUGAAUCCGCCGACGGGCGAUGGCUACGGGCCAGGUGCUGGUCCAACCUCACCCAGCGCACCCAGUCCGAAUCCCAGUGAGGGCGGCUUCGACGAGGAGCCCGUCUACCAGGAGCCCGAUCAACAGCGUCCACUCAUCUGCGGCGAGUACUCAUCGCCGCCGCACCAUCUUGUCGAGAAUCCGUACUCGGAGCCGUUUAAUGCAACGAAUGCGAACGACAUGCCACCGCCAUAUCAAUAUGCCACGCCCAUGCGCAUUCUCACGCCCCCACAGCAACUGCAACAGCCAUCGACGAUGGCCAAUUAUGCCACGCCCGUGUGGCGGUCCACGCCGAGUGCCACGCCCACCAGUCGACCGCCUUCGGGGUCACAGGGUCAGCAGGGGUCAGCCACAGCGCCAAGGGCAGUCAAGGAUCUGAGGCAAGCUCUCCAGAAUUCCCCACAAUUCCAUCCCAAUCAGCUGACCUCAGCGCGCAACCAAAGACAGAUCCUGCAGAACCUGCCGGUCCAACCGCCGCCCUACAGUCACAGUCACGGUCACGGUCAAAGGUCACAGGUCAGGGGUCAGCGGAGGCGCAGCUUCGAGUGCCUCGACGGCGCCGCCAGCCUGGCGGCCAUGGAGCACAUGGACUCCGGUUCGGAUCACUCCGGCGGCAGCGAUGUGACUGUCCAAAUUGCCGAUGUGAUCGACUAUGCGGAUGCCUAAAAGUAUGCAGAAAGUAUAACAUAUAUAUAUACUCCUAUAUAUAUAUAUAUAUCUGCCACAACUGUCACACCUGCCACCCAAAAAAAAAAAAAAAAAACUUUGAAAAAAAGAGGAAAACACCAGCCAGCAGCAGCGCCCAAAACAAAAACGAUAAAACUUUGUGAUAUUCAAACAUUUUCUCUGGAUUUGCGAACGAAUGGAGAAGAUCUACAUUUAUGUAGUUAUAGCUAGAGAGAAACAAUCGAGAGGAGCGGCGUCAACCGCCAAUAACAUAAGCUAGUUUAAGUUGAUUUAAAUAAACGAGUCCUUCCAGACCGCUCGACUGA